AUGUGGCAGGUUUAUGCAAGCAUGUCACCUAUCGUUCAUAUAGUCGAUGUUGGGUCUGGUGCAACCGAGUCUCAUGCAAAUGUUACGGAGAUCCAUGAUGGGUUAGACUUCUCUUCUGAUGAAGAUGGAGGAUACUCUUUUGGCAUAUUCUCUGUGAAAUUUUCAACCGAUGGACGAGAACUUGUUGCUGGGAGCAGUGAUGAUUCCAUUUAUGUUUAUGAUCUUGAAGCAAAUCGAGUUUCGCUCCGGACUAUUGCACACACGUCUGAUGUAAAUACUGUGUGCUUUGCUGAUGAAAGUGGAAACCUGAUUUUAUCUGGAGGUGACGAUAAUCUCUGCAAGGUGUGGGAUAGGCGUUGUUUCAUUGGGAGAGAUAAGCCAGCUGGUGUUCUGGUGGGACAUCUUGAAGGUGUUACAUUUAUCGAUAGCCGUGGAGAUGGUCGCUAUUUCAUAUCAAAUGGCAAAGACCAAACCAUCAAAUUAUGGGAUAUCAGAAAAAUGUCCUCAACUCCACCUGCAAAGCAUGAGGUGCUCAGGAACUAUGAAUGGGAUUACAGAUGGAUGGAUUAUCCUCCAGAGUCAAGAGAUCUGAAGCAUCCUUUUGAUCAGUCAGUGUCAACAUAUAAAGGUCACUCAGUGUUGCGUACUCUAAUCCGUUGCUACUUCUCUCCAGUGCAUAGCACUGGCCAAAAGUACAUCUACACAGGAUCCAACGACAGUUCCGUCUACAUAUAUGACUUGGUAAGUGGAGAUAAAGUGGCAGUGCUAAAGCACCACAGCUCACCUGUGAGAGACUGUAAUUGGCAUCCGCAUUACCCCACGCUUAUAAGCUCUUCGUGGGAUGGAGAUCUUGUGAAAUGGGAGUUUCCGGGGAGCGGUGAGGCGCCGAUCAUGAGCAAGAAGAGGGUUCGGAGGAGACAUUUCUACUACUGA